AUGUUGCAGAAAUGGCGUAAUUUGAGAGUUUCAUUGCAAAAAGCAUCAGCUUUUUCAAGUUCCUUCUCAUCUGCUAGUGGAGAUGUUCUCAAAGAUUCACAGAUCUCAAGCAUCAUUACAGAUUAUCCAGGAUUGUUAAUGCUCGAUGCUGAGAAAAACCUUGGUCCUAAGCUUAGGUUUCUUCAGUCAAGAGGAGCUUCAAGCUCUGAGAUCACUGAGAUUGUUUCAAAAAUCCCUAAAAUCUUGGGAAUGAAAGGGAUAGCUAUUAGUAGAUACUAUGAUUUCGUCAAAGUGAUUGUACAAGCUGAUAAGAGUGUCGAGUUUCGAAAGUUAUGUCAUUCUUUACCACAAGGUAUUAAGCAGGAGAACAAAAUCAGGAAUGUAUUGGUUUUGAGAGAGCUUGGUGUGCCUCAGAAGCUCUUAUUCUCUAUGCUCAUCUCUCAUUUUCAGACUGUAUGUGGGAAAGAGAAAUUCGAAGAAUCGCUCUAG